AUGCGUUCCCAGUCGCGUGCGUCCACAACCACCGUCCAUGAAAUUCGCUUCGCUGACUACUGCAUCCUUGACGACACCUCAAAAGGGGACAUGCAAAGGGUCGUGGACCCCUUUGCCACCGCCUGCGACAACUUCGGCCUGAUCAUCAACACGGAGAAAACGGUGAUUAUGCACCAACCGCUAUCCAACGUUGGCUACAGUAUACCCCAAAUCAACGUAAACGGCGGUCAGCUGCAAGUCGUCGACAACUUCACCUACCUGGACAGCACCCUCUCACGCACCAACAGGAUCGACGAUGAAGCGGCCCGCCGAAUAUCCAAAGCCAUUCAAGCUUUCGACUGUCUGCAAAGCACAGUCUGGAAUCGUCACAAUCUCCGCCUCAACACCAAACUGAAGAUAUACAAGGUGGUCAUUCUGCCGACGCUGCUGUAUGGAGCGGAGAUCUGGGUGGCGUACAAGAAGCAGGCGACGGAUACUAGAGCUGAAGUGGCAGAACCUGAUCCCGGACACGGAUGUACUGGAGCAGACGGGAAUUCGCAGCAUCUACGCCAUGCUGAGACAGCUUCAACUGCGUUGGAGCGGCCACCUCAUGUGGAUGGAUGA